CCCGCUGUCAGUCUCCGCCGCGGGGCUCGGGGCGGGCGGCCGUGCGACGGCGGGAGAGCCGGGAGGUCGCCCCUUCCUCCGCGGCGGGACGACGCGCACGUGCAGCCCCUGCUUUGGCCAACGGAACCAUGAGGAAAGUUCCCGCGAGUGGGAGCCUGAGGAUGACGAAGGUGGCCUACCCCCUGGGCCUGUUCGUGUGCCUGUUCAUCUAUGUCGUCUACAUAAAGUGGCACUGGGCCUCCGCCACACAGGCCUUCUUCAGCCUCACCGAGGCAGCCACGGGAGCCCGACGAGCCCAGCAGACCCGUGGCCCCUCUGGACCGGCUACUCAGGGCCACGAAGUCUUCUACGGCAUCAUGUUUGACGCGGGGAGCACCGGCACCCGAGUGCACAUCUUCCAGUUCUCCUGCCAGCCUGGAGAAACUCCCACCUUGACCCAUGAAACCUUCAAAGCGCUGAAACCUGGCCUUUCUGCUUAUGCUGACGAUGUGGAAAAGAGCAGUCAUGGAAUACAGGAGUUACUGGAUGUUGCGAAGCAAGACAUCCCUUUUGACUCCUGGAAGGCCACCCCACUAGUCCUUAAGGCCACAGCUGGUUUACGCCUUUUACCUGGAGAAAAGGCUCAGAAGUUGCUGCAGAAGGUGAAAGAAGUGUUCCAGGAGUCCCCGUUCCUGGUUGGGGAUGACUGUGUUUCCAUCAUGAAUGGCACAGAUGAAGGUGUCUCUGCGUGGAUCACCAUCAACUUCCUCACAGGCAGUCUGAAAGGCCCUGGCCGGAGCAGUGUGGGCAUGCUGGACCUAGGCGGAGGGUCCACUCAGAUCACCUUCCUUCCGAGAAUGGAGAGCACCCUUCAGAACUCCCCCCCUGGCUACCUGACGUCUCUCCAGAUGUUUAACAGGACCUACACACUCUAUUCUUACAGCUACCUGGGGCUUGGGCUGAUGUCAGCACGAUUGGCGAUUCUGGGUGGUGUGGAGGGGAAAGCUGCUAAGGAUGGGAAGGAGCUGGUCAGCCCUUGCUUGCCUCCUGAUUUCCAAGGAGAGUGGGAACAUGCAGAAGUGACAUACCACAUUUCAGGACAGAAAGCAGGUGUAACAGCUAUGAGCCUGCAUGAGCUGUGUGCCAGCAGAGUGUCUGCGAUCCUGAGAGAUAAAGUGCACAGAAUAGACGAAGUGAAGGAGGUGGAGUUUUAUGCCUUUUCCUACUAUUAUGACCUCGCAGCAAACGUUGGCCUCAUAGACCCAGAGAAAGGAGGCAGCCUCGUCGUUGGGGACUUUGAGAUUGCGGCCAAGUACGUGUGCCGGACGGCAGAGACCCGGCCCCAAAGCAGCCCCUUCAUGUGCAUGGACCUCACCUACAUCAGCCUGCUGCUCCAAGAGUUUGGAUUUCCAGAAAGCAAAGUGCUGAAGCUUACUCGGAAAAUCAACAACGUCGAGACCAGUUGGGCUUUGGGAGCCAUUUUUCAUUACAUCGACACUCUGAGCAGACAGAAGAGCCCGGGCUCAUAGCAGCCACAUCAAUCCACUGUCCUCAGCAGGUGAUUUUGUCUCCCUAAGAGCAGGAUUCCCAUUUUGGGGACUCUUGGGUGUCGGAAAGAGCCACAGCCCAGCUCCACACCCAGCACUGCCUCACACCUGCCUCGGCCCUGGGUGGACAACAGGCGUGGGUGACACAGCCCCCGCUUCCCACUGUCCUGCCUGCAGAAUUCCUGUGCUGUGUGUUCCCGUGAGGGGAGUCUUGCUGUAGCUCCUCGUUUAUCUCCCACGCCGCAGUGACCACCCCAAUCACACAGUGCAGACACUUCCUCCUCUGCAGGAGUGACUUCAGGGGAGACAGUCACCCCACCCCCAAGCGUUGCUAUCCUCAAGAUGAGCCGGGGCACCCAUGGUACCUCCAGGACAGCACGGCAUGAGCUGUGUGUCUCCUCCUGGGUGUGCACAGGGGUGAGCCAAGACCCCCAGCCCUCAGCGGGUGACUGAACCUGAGCUGAUCCUUGGAAUGGGAAGAGAGACUGGGCGGUC